UCUAAUCAUUGGAGGGAAGAUUCGUUGCUGCUGCUGCUGCUGCUUCUCCUUUUUCUUCUCCAUUGGGAUGAAAAAUGUCGGUGGUGGCCGUACCCAUAGGGUUGAGCGGAAUUUCUGCGCAGGAAUUGCUUCCUCCCUUUCCAAGUAAUCUGCCCCGACACAGGGGGAAAUUAACCAAAGUCGCGUUGGUGUAGAGAGAGCCUAAACUCCUUCGCAAAGCUGCAAAACAUUGUGAAUUAGAACAAACCCUAGAAAAUCUCUGCUCCACUCACCAGCUAGGGAUUUAGAUCGAGAUAACUCAAAUCAAAUCCAUGGAAGUUUUCCUGAACUUCUGUGACCUAGACACGGGAAAGACCUUCACAUCCCAUCUGAAGAAAGCUCUUGAUGUUUCUGGUAUCUCCGCAUUCUUACCGACACAACAACAGCAGCAACUGAGUGAUAUACAGAGAGCCAUUGAAAAGUGUGAGGUGUUUAUAGCUGUCUUCUCCUCCAAUUAUGCUUGCUCUUCUUUCUGCCUUGACCAAAUUUCUUAUUUACUGAGUUUGUCGAGGAAGAGGACCAUCUUUGCUGUGUUUUAUGAUGUGGAGCCUUCGCAUGUCCGCUUCCAAAAGGGGCAUUUUGAGGAAGCCUUUGUGGAUCAUAGGAAUAAGAAUGGGUUUGAUGAGGAGACAGUGCAGAAGUGGAGAAAUGCUUUGAAAGAAGUUGUCUCUCUUUCUGGUUGGGAAAUGAAGAAUUACAGGACUGAGGCAAAGUUGAUUGAGGAACUUGUUAACCAUGUUUCUACAAAGUUGGACUAUGAAACACAAUUGCAUGUCGCUGAUUACCCUAUCGGGCUUGAUUCUCGGGUGGCUGAUGUGAUGAGACUCUUAGACAUUGAUGCUAAUGAUGCUCGGAUGAUUGCAAUCCAUGGCAUGGGUGGCAUUGGUAAGACCACUCUUGCCAAAGCAGUCUUCAACAAAAUAUGUUCCAGCUUCGAAGGCAGAUGUUUCCUCUCAAAUGUUCGAGAAUCUUCAAAAACAAAUGACGGAGUUGUCAGCUUGCAGAAACAACUUCUUCAGGAACUGUUUAAUGAAGGAGUUCCAAAUAUAUAUAGUGUUGAUAGAGGCAUCAAUGUUAUUAAGGCUAGAAUUGGGUCUAAAAAAGUUCUUGUUGUAAUUGAUGAUGUUGACAACGAGGACCAGCUUGAAAAAUUGGCCGGUAACUGUGAUUGGUAUUCUCAAGGAAGUCGGAUCAUCAUCACUACUAGGGAUGAGCACGUGUUAAAUGUGCAUAAGAGAGUGGAUAGUCAUCAUAUCUAUGAGCUCAAGGUAUUGGAUGACACACAAUCUCUUGAGCUCUUUAGUUGGUGCGCGUUCAAGAGGAAUCAACCGAUGCAAGAAUAUGUGCAGCUCUCUAAGGACGUGACAUCCAUUGCUGGUGGGCUGCCCUUGGCACUUGAAGUUCUAGGAUAUUACUUAUGUGACUUGACAAGCAUUGAAGAGUGGGAAGACGCAAUAACAGAGUUGAAAAGAAUUCCUGAAGAUAAAGUCAUGCUAAAGUUGAGAAUAAGUUUUGAUGAUUUGAGCAGAGAAACAAAACAGAUAUUUCUUGACAUAGCGUGCUUCUUUAUUGGGGACGACAAGGAUUAUGCAAUUGACAUAUGGAAAGGUUGUCGUUUCCCUGCUGCAGGUUCCAUAAGGAAAUUAUUGCAAAGGGCACUCAUAAAGAUUAAUAAUAAGAAUGAGUUGUGGAUGCACGACCAACUUCGUGAUAUGGGGAGACGGAUUGUUGAACUGGAAAACCUGGAUGAUCCUGGAAGGCGUAGUAGGUUAUGGUCUGAAGAAGAUGUCACUACUGUAUUGAAGUAUCACAUGGGAACUCUGGAGGUUCGAGGCCUUAUGCUCAAGGGGAAUGAAUUGGAGAGGAGUUGGGAACUUGAAACAUUUAAACCAAUGACCAAUCUGAAGCUACUUAGCAUCAGUGGUGUCUCUCUUAUUGGAAGCUUCAAAUCCAUUUCACCAAAAUUAGUGUGGUUAAAAUUGCAGGGUUGUCCUUUACAUUACCUCCUAGGUGAUCUUAGUUAUGAGGAGCUAGCUGUCCUUGACUUGUCAAACAAUGACUGUAUCCUUGAAAUUUCAGACAUUAUUAUCCAACAGCUGUUCCCAAAGUUGAAAGUUCUCAAGCUCAGAUGUCAUAACUUACAGAGAAUUCCCAGAUGUUCUCUAUACCCUAACUUGGAGAAGUUGAAUCUUGGAGGAUGCUGCAAUUUGGUUGAGAUUACUGACUCCAUAGCUUGUCUAGGGAAUUUAGUUUAUCUGAAUCUUGAAGACUGCUUGAACCUCAAAAAAUUGCCAGAUUCGCUAGGCUCACUAGCGAAGCUCAAGGAGUUGAAUGUGGCUCAAUGCAAGGAACUUAGUAGAUUGCCAGUAUCAAUGGGAAGGAUGAGGUCACUGCAUUGCCUAAGAAUGCAGCAAACUGCCAUAACCACAUUACCCGAUGAUUUUGGAUGUCUUUCUAACUUGAAAGACUUAUCUAUGCGGGGUUCGAAACAGUUAAAAAAACUCAUAGAAAGCUUUGGAAGUCUUAAAAGUUUAAGGACUCUUGACAUAUACGGCAGUAGUUUGACAAGGCUUCCAUCUACUUUCUCAGAUCUUUGCUCCUUGGAGGCAUUGGAUGUAUCAUAUUGUAACCUGAAGGGGAUGAUUCCUGAUGAUUUUGAAAAGUUAUUCUCAUUGAAAACCCUGAAUCUCAGUGGAAACAAUAUCAAAGGCCUGCCCAGUAGCAUGAGGGGCCUUUCGAAACUAGAAACAUUGUCUAUACUUCAUUGUAAGCUGCUGGUAGCUAUCCCUGAUCUCCCCACCAGUUUAAGAUAUCUUAAUGCUUAUGGAUGCAGAAGUUUGCAAACCUUGCCCAAGCUAUUUAACCUUUCUAAACUAGAGGAGCUGCAUUUUUGUAAUUGUGAGCAUCUGGUAGCUAUCCCUGAGCUUCCCAACAGUUUGAAAUAUCUGAAUGCUUCCGGAUGCAAAAGCUUGCAAGUAUUGCCCAAGCUAUCUCAACUUUCUGAACUAGGAAGAUUGGAUGUUGUAGACUGUGGUGAGCUUUCAGCUAUCCAGGAACUUCCCACUGCUUUGGAGACUUUGGAUGCAUCCAACUGCAUAUCAUUGCAAAUUAUACCCAAUCUCUCUCACCUUUCUCAACUUAAGAAAUUGGAUCUUAGAAAUUGUAAGAAGCUGAUUGAGAUACAAGGUCUCAGUGGGUUGAUAUCUUUAAGAUACUUGGACUUGACUGGGUGCAGCGAUCACAUUUUGAGAGGUCAAAGUCUGGCGAAGAAUAUCGCUCUCCCCUUGAUGCGAGGAAGCAUCUCGUGGCGUCUCCUGUUUCCGCCACCUCGCACCCAUUGAAUCUGGGGAGCUUCUCAAGGGACUCCAAAACAGAGCCAGAAUCCAAAAGCCAUGUGAGGGAAGUGCAGCCCUACUUUGUACGUGGCGAUAAAGUUCCCAAAAGGGAAGGAGGCUUGUUAUGGAGAUCGCCAAGGUGAUGAGUAAGAAAAGAUUAAGAAAAUAAUCCUACCUUGAGGAUUCAAGAAGAACUUGCUAAAAAUUAAAGUUGUUGUAGCGGUUGACAGGGAGUGUAAUGGGGAGUGAUUCAAGAGAUUAUUGUUGUGAUGUGCUUAUGGCAUUUGAUAACUAGGUUGAUUGUAGAGAUCAAGUUAUUUACUUUGAUGGGUUUUUGUUGUUCUUUUCCUAUUUCUGUUUUUUUAAUUCGAUGAUUAAUGUGAGAAUGAGAUUGUUGGUUAUGUUGAUAUGAUGAUUCGUUUGAUGUUUCUUUGGGUUGAUUGAAAAUAAAGGUGCAUUUUUUUUUA